AUGGAACCAAGAUCAAGAGAAACUACUCCUACAAAAGAGGAUUUGGAAUUUAUAGUUGAUGAUGGUUAUAGACAUGAUGAGGAUCCAGAUUAUGUUCCAAACGAAAAAUAUGUUGUUACAGGAUCAGAGUUUAAGAGAUUAACCAGAAAUGCUAAAAAACUUGGUGCAGAAACACUUGAUUAUUCAACCCGAAAAAAUAACAAAUAUAUGGCCACACUUCCAGGUGGAAAGAAAGUUCACUUUGGGUCACCAAAAUAUCCAGACUACACUAUUCACAAAGAUAAAGAAAGAAGAGAUAAAUAUCUUUCACGUGCUACAAAGAUUAAAAACAAACAGGGAGAAUUAACUUAUACUAAUCCUGAAUCAAGUAACUAUUGGAGUGUGCAUCUUCUCUGGCCUAAAAAAUAAAAUUGAUUUAUGAGUUAAAGAUUAACUAAAUAUUAAUAAAAUGCAGUUGUCAAGUUACGAAAAUAUUACCAAAGAGAAUAUUAUCUUUAAUGAAGCCAAAGAGUACAAAGUCAAAGAUAGCAAGAUUAAAUACAAACGUAUUCCAAUUGAAGUCAAAUACCCAAAUGGAAAGAAAGGACCACUUGUAGUUGAAUCUCCAGUUCUUUUUAGUUUUGGUGUUAAUGAAAAGAAAAAUCAAGAAACAGUUAAGUUAGUUGGUUAUAGUAUUCCAGUAUGUCUUUGGGCUAAAGAUAGUGAACCUAAUAAUAAAGAAAAAGCAUUUUUUGAUGUUAUUAAUAAUGUAACAACUCUAUCUCAGCAACAUUUAGAGAAUGAAUAUGGACCAGAUCUAGCAUCAUCUCUAUCUUCACCAUUUUACUAUAAACAAAUAGAAUANAAACGUAUUCCAAUUGAAGUCAAAUACCCAAAUGGAAAGAAAGGACCACUUGUAGUUGAAUCUCCAGUUCUUUUCAGUUUUGGUGUUAAUGAAAAGAAAAAUCAAGAAACAAACAAGUUAGUUGGUUAUAGUAUUCCAGUAUGUCUUUGGGCUAAAGAUAGUGAACCAAAUAAUAAAGAAAAAGCAUUUUUUGAUGUUAUUAAUAAUGUAACAACUCUAUCUCAGCAACAUUUAGAGAAUGAAUAUGGACCAGAUCUAGCAUCAUCUCUAUCUUCACCAUUUUACUAUAAACAAAUAGAAUAUACAGAUAAGAAAGGAAAAAAGAGAACAAAAGUUGAUGAAUCAUCAGCGCCAGUUCUUUACGCAAAACUUAUUUACUCAGAAAAAUCAAGAAAAAUAUUAUCUUUGUUUAAGGGAAAAGGGGGAAGGGAUUUAAAUCCUUUUAAAUAUAUUAAUCAGUACUGCAAUGUUAAAUUAGCAUUGAUAAUUGAGGGAAUUUUUAUAAGUAAGACUGUAACAUCAUUACAAAUAAAAGUACACGAGUGUUAUGUUAAAGAAUUAGAACCUAGAAAGAGUUUACUUACAAUUGACGAAAAAAGUAGUGAUAGUGAUAUUGAUAGUGAUAGUGAUAGUGAAGGGAUAACUGAUCAAGUAGUUGAUGAGUUACUUUUAUCUGAUGAAGAAAAUAAGUAA